AUGGGAAUCCUCAUUGGAGAAUCAGCAUUGAAGAAAAGCGAAUAUGUUGCUUUAAUAAGAAAAGCUUUCGAUUUCCUUGAAACCAUAUUUCAUGAUCAAUUUGUUGAAUAUGACGAACAGCAACAACCAACUCAUUAUUCAACAUGUAUUGAAUCAACAACAGACGCCAAGAUAAUUGCCACACUGCAGCAUUCAUCGAAGUUUUUGUCUUCGGAUGAAGAUGGUCCACUAACAUCAAUGGCGUUCUUUGAACCUGGUACACUGAUAGCCGCAGCAAAACAAUCAACAUUCUUAACGGCAUAUAAUGGAAUAUAUGAUAUGAAAAAGGAUACAAUGACAUAUUCAAAGCGUGUACAAAAUAAAUCUUUAUCUGUUCUUGUUCCAUCAACCGGCUCAAAAUUUUCAACAAUAUUAGAAUAUUUCGAUAAUGGUAAUACAACUAGUGGAUUAUUUGAACGCUUUUUGUAUUAUGUAAUCACACCAACAUCAAUUAGCAAUGCAAUACGUUAUGGACAUGAACAACAAUUAAAUACAAAAUUACCUGCGUUAGAAUGCGUAUUUAUAACAAGAUAUUUGAUGGGAAAUCGUGUUUAUAUGUUUGAUGAUAAAGAAUACGAAUUUAUCAAUCCGAUUUUGAUUGAUUUAUUAACAAACGAAACUCCGCCUGAAAUAUCAACAAAACCGCCGUCGACAAAACGCAACAAGGCAUUACAACGACGCUCAGCCGAUCAUCUCGUACGAAUAAUAACGGCAUUUCAGGCGUUAUUUGAUGUUUGUGAUAUUUUAUCGAAAAUUUCCGAUUUCAAUUUCCACAAGGUCCCACCGUCUUUGAUCGCCGAUAUUGAGAAGAAUAUUAAUCAAACAAUGUAUGAUACGAAACUAACAACAAUAAUUAAUGUGUCGUCUACCGAUCAACAAUAUAUCGUAUCAUCUAUACAACAACAACCAAAACAUGGGCAAUAUUUACCAAUAUCGAUGAAAGCAAUAUCUACCGGUUUAAAAUUUUAUGAUAAACUAUUGUAUCCGAUAUCAGCAAUGUUAUUUAGUUAUGAUAUGGAUAUCGAACAACAAACAAGACAAGACAAUGAAAAUGAAAAAAAGUUGUUGCUGGCUAAAUUUAAGGUAUUCACAGUAACAUCAUUAACUGGUAAAGCAACAAAUGCUAAUGCUAUAUUUCACCAUCCGAAACCCGGGUGCUCUUCGGUUCAAACGUUGAUAGCAAAUUUGGCUCAAAAAGGUUUCUUGAAAGAAGGAAAAUUUGUACGUGUUAGUAAUAAACGUGUGCUAACAUCGUGGUGUAAAGUUAUUCCAGAUCCAAGAAAUGAUGAUCAGUUAAAACAAAUUGUUCAGACAUUAAAGCAAGAUUAUGGUUUAUCAUUAGCUGAUUAUCUGGAUAAUUAUGCAACAUGGCCAGAUAGUGCUGAUAUGUCAUGGACAUUACUUGGUGAUGUACUGAGAAUAAUUCAAGAACAACAGCGAUUUCUGGAGUAUCAUAAAGAUGAACAAAAAAGAAAACCCUGUGAAAGAAAAUCAAAUUUGAUGGUAAAUCACACACAACUAAUAGGUGCAUUGAAUAAUAUCCCGAACAAAAAUGUUGGGGAUCGGAACAAGAAUGAAAUUCAACUAAACGGUGCGGGUCCUAGUGGCCAAUCGCACUCGUGUAGUCGCAAUAAAGCAACGUCUCCAGUUCAUGUAACGAAUAUUACUCGGACACGUGUAAAAGAUCAACAACGAACAAUUUUAGAGCCUCAAAAUACACAAUCAUCCAUAACAAUCGAAAAUAUUUAUCCAGAAAUAUCUGAACGCCAUGCAUCCCAUAAUCAAACAAGUGAAUUAAAUUUGAUCACUAACAAUCGUCAAUCAUAUUUAUGUCAUGAUAUGAAUCUGUUGUUCGAUGAACUAAUAUUUGAUAAUAACUUCUGGUUGAUGGAUGAAAAACAUUCAUCAUUGCCUGUUAUGUUCUCCACUAAUUUACAAAGAGGAUGUGAUGCAACUAUUCUAGCUGAAGAUACGGAUGAAGCAGGUACUUCAAAUCAAAUAAAGGUUUUUGUAUUCUGGUUUUACGAGAGAAGAUCCCCAACUUUAAAAUCGCUUUCGAACUGAAACUCGGUAGUAAUCGAGGGUGCUGAUUACGAAUAUCAUCAUGGGAAGGGCCAAUACGGCUUCAGAGAUCCAGUUUUCCAGAAACUCAAAUCAGAAAAAUAUUUUCGAAAGCUUUCUUAAUAAGUCUUGUUUGCAGCACGUGAAAUUUUGAUUAAAAUGAGAUCUCCCAGCUCUACACCACCCGUCUUUGCAAAGUUAUAGAAUUUACAAGAAAAGCCCUAAAUAAUUUCUACUUAUUUCAGUAGCUUUGAGCUGACAAUCAACAUUUAGGGCUUUUCUUGUAAAUUCUAUAACUUUACAAAGACAGGUGGUGUAGAGCUGGAAGAUGUCUCAUUUUAAUCAAAAUUUCACGUGCUGCAAACAAGACUUAUUAAGAAAGCUUUCGAAA